CUUUGCUAUCCCAAGAAGCCAUGAAUUUCCUUACGGUCUCUUGAAACUGUUUAUUCUUUUAUCUUUGUUUUCCUUGUCUCAAGGUACAGUCUGUCAAUAUUUCAGAAUACAUGUAACUUACCUCUUUGCUAAAGUUCUUCCUUUGGCAUCUGCCUAUGCCAGAAAUCUGCUCUACUUUUGAAGCACCAUUCUAUCUUUAUAUGCAAGCUUCUUCUUUUUUAACCUGCAAAAUGCUCAAAUUUGCUAUCUUAUCAGUUAUUGAAAAUGAUCUCCGAGUUUUUUGCCCCUGAAUUUCUUGUACAAAGAAGCAUCCUUUCCAAUGCUGAUGUUUCACCAUCCAUUCCAGUAAGAGACUUAAAGUGAAGAAAUGUUUCCAUUUUUCCACAUUACAAAAAUGUUUUAGAAUUUGAUCUAUGAACUUGUUUCCUGAAGAUGCUUCCUUUAAUGUAUUUUUAAUCCAUUCUCUUACAGAAUGGUGUUUAUUAACAAUACUUUCUUUAUUCCUCUUUCAGAGAAUUUGGCCACUUUCAUAGUCAACUCUGACUCUUCUAUAAUAAUGAUUCCUAAAUCUCUUAGUUUAAUAUUGGUACUUUUCCCAGUGUACCAGCUUUCUCUCUGAGUAUCUCAGGUGAAUUUCUGGCUUAGUAUUUCCAAGUCUAUUUCAGGAUUUCCCAGGCUAUCCUUAUUCUAAAUUCUUUGUUUCUUACACCUCAGUGAAAGUCAUCAACAAUUCCUCAAUCCACCUUUUCUGAAAAAUUUUGAUCCGUUAGUGAUGUGACUCAUCAUUCUUCAGAGUACCAGUGACUAAAGGUAAACAUGUAGAAGGAUAAAAGUUAAUGGAAAUAUGGGAGAGAGGAAGCAUAUUUGGAAAGUUAAGAGGAAACAAAAGACUAAAAAUUUCAGGUGUACUUCAGGAGACAGGCAAGUCUGGGUUGAACAACUGAGUCUCAUGUCCUUGGGGCUGGGGAGGAUGCACAUCUUUGAGGUAGGCUCUGUGACUCAAUUGUGUUGUGAUGCCCCAUGAGUCUAAAGGCCUGAAGGUUGUGGAGGUGAGGGACUGUACCCCAAAUAUCUCUGGGGUCUCACUUCCUAGUACAUGGGUUAUUCAAAUUUGUUGGUCUGAAUUUCUGAGAUCAGUUACCUAUGUUUUCUCUUAGGGAAGAAAGAGUCCCUGGGACAAAGUGAGGAUGACAGAAAGAAAGCACUUUGGGAUCCUAGAAGUAGGCUUCUUCCUCCUCCACCAUCAUGUAGGUUCCAGUGGUUAGAUCCCUGAGUAGGGUGGAAGACAUUAUUGGCAUUAUUCUUAGCAGAAUUACUUGGUACUGUGCCCUGCUAUACCUUAAUGGAGAGCAGUUUACUGAUGUAUGUAAAUCAUUCUCUUCCCCAUUAAGUUUAUUGCAUUGUAGCUUCAGGAUGAUAAAGGAAUCCAAACCAGAAGUUUAAGGAGUAGACUUUGAUGACAAAGCUGCAAAAUCCUCUCAGCUGUGGUGAAUGAAAGCUUGGAUUUUGGUCUCCAAGAAGAAACCAUGGAAAAGAUCUGUCCUGUGCCAUAUCCAAGGGUGCCAGUCCAGAGUAGCGGCUGCAGAUCCCUCAAGGUAUUAGCAACUGUGUAGGCCCUGCAUACCUGAUUAGCUCUCUAGCAGGACAAAACUAGAUCAACAGUGUGUGGGAUGCAGAAAAAGUGAUCAAGAUCCGAUCAUAUCAGAAUGGCCUGGAUUUGAAAGAAUUGAUGGAAAACCUUAAACUUUUGCCUUUUGGAGUGCGGAACUACUGCAUCAGAGGAUUCUGGCUGUUUAGAAGCUAUGUGGAAAUAUUCUACUAAUGCUAAAAGAUUCCAAAAUAGGGAGAAAAGCAAUGCUGAAUGGAUUGAAGAAUGAAGCAGAAGGAAGAAACAUGGAAGUCCAGCAAAUCUUGAUGAACAACUCCAAGGAUAUCCAUUUUGGGGGGCAUUUAUCUUUCAUCUGGAUGAGCGGAUGGAGGAAAUUAGUAACUACGGAGUUAGGGAACUGGGAAUCAUAGAGAGAUAGUGGAGGCUCAAGACCAUAAAAAAAGAUUGGGAAGAGGCAAAAGCUGUGGUCUAAUGAGUAAGUGGUUUACUCUGGAAUGGGCAUAAGAAUUGAGGAAGUAGUGACAAGGAGAGUUUUGUCUCUUGUUUUGAAAAAAUGUUACCCAUGAAUUGAACAGAGAUUUAUAGUUUUAAUGUGAGGAAGGGUGCUAGACACAGGUAUAAAGGAAUAUAAACUGUAUGUUUGUCUUCUUUGUGGGCCAGGGGCCCUACCAUCUAGGCAGCAGUGCAGCAUGGGAGGAGACACCCACAACAGCUCAGGGUUGCCUCCUUUCAUCUUGACAGGGCUCCCAGGGCUGGAGGCCUCCCAGCACUGGAUGAUUUUGCUCCUUGGACUCCUCUACACUGUCUCAAUCGUGGGCAAUAGCCUGAUCCUUUUCAUUAUCAAGGAGGAGCAGAGCUUGCAUCAGCCUAUGUACUAUUUCCUGUCCCUGCUCUCAGUUAAUGACCUGGGUGUGUCUUUCUCCACACUGCCCACAGUACUGGCCACAUUUUGCUUCCACAUAAGGGAAAUCGGUUUCAAUUCCUGCAUGGCCCAAAUGUUCUUUAUUCAUUUUUUCUCUUUCAUCGAGUCUGGGAUCCUGCUGGUCAUGAGCUUUGACCGCUAUGUGGCCAUCUGUCACCCCCUGCGCUAUGCUACAGUGCUCACUGAUGCCCGUGUGGUGCAGAUGGGCAUGUCUGCUAUUAUCCGCAGUUUCUGCAUGAUUUUCCCUCUGCCUUUCCUUCUGUUGAGGCUGCCCUUUUGCAAGGCCAAUGUGCUCUCCCAUGCCUACUGCCUGCAUCCAGAUCUGAUCCACCUGUCCUGUGGUGACGUUACCAUCAGUAAUAUCUUUGGUCUAUUUAUUGUCAUCUCUACCUUUGGCCUGGAUUCUGCACUAGUGUUCAUCUCCUAUGUGCUCAUACUGCGUUCUGUGCUUGCCAUUGCCUCCAGGGAGGAACGACUGAAGACGCUCAACACGUGUGUGUCACACAUGUGUGCUGUGCUCAUCUUCUAUGUGCCCAAGGUUGGCGUGUCCAUGGCUGCUCGCUAUGGGAGGCAUGCCCCACCCUAUGUACACACACUCAUGUCCCUUAUUUAUCUAUUUGUGCCUCCCAUGCUCAACCCUGUCAUCUAUUCCAUUAAAACCAAAGAGAUUCGGCGAAGGCUUUGCAAAAUUCUUCGGAGAAGGAAGUUUUGAGCAAGAGACAUGCUGAAAAUCCAGGUCCUGAGGAUAAGGUCCCCUUAUAUCCACAAAUUGAGCUUACAAAACUUGCUUUGAUAAGGAAUUUUAAAUAUGCCUCUGUCAUGUAUGUUACUGUUGGGAUUCCUGUCAUGAGAUGUUUGAUGACAGCCUGGCAGUCAUUCAUAAGUAAGCCAAAAGCAUGUCAUGGUAAAGUGGGCCAUAAUUUAUUAAAAAAUUUUGUUCAGCUUACUUCUUUUAACACAGGAAAUUAGUGUCAGUUUGGAAACAAUUUGUAA